AUGGAAGAGAAGAAACCUAAAACAAAGGUGGAUCGGCGUCAUGGAAAGCGGUCACUACCUUGGGAAGCACAGGAGGCGAAAGAAGGAGAUCAAAAUAAUGAAUUAUCAUCUUCGUCAUGGUCGUCAUCACAAUCCUCUCACUUCAAUUACUCCCCAAAUUUCAACCCACAAACACUAACUCAACCUCCUCAAUCAUCAACUCCUUUUCAAAAUCAAGAAGCAGAUCAAGGUGGGAGGAAACGACAUUACAGAGGCGUAAGACAAAGACCAUGGGGAAAAUGGGCAGCAGAGAUUCGUGACCCGAAGAAAGCAGCUCGAGUUUGGCUCGGUACUUUCGACACAGCCGAGGCUGCAGCCAUUGCCUACGAUAACGCGGCUUUGAGAUUUAAAGGAACCAAAGCCAAGCUUAAUUUCCCCGAACGGGUCCAAGCCAACCCUGCCGAGUUCGGCUUUCUUUCCCCUCCCAGUAUUGCUGCUCCGCCACCCCCAACGGCCGUGUCAUCCCCAUCUGUUUCUCUACCGCCACCGUUGUCGCAUGAAGAAGUUUUUCCUGGGCUUCAUCAAUACGCUCAACUUCUGUCUAGUAGUGACGCUGAUUUUCCUUAUUAUUCUUCCAGUCUUCUUUUCAACCAACAACAAAGCCAUUACCCUUUUUUUAGUUCUUCUUCUUCUUCUAGCCAACAACAGCAAGAAGAUCAGGAUCGUUACGGUGAAGAUUUCGGUACUGGUGGAUCAAAUAAGUAGAACAUUAUUGUUUUUAUUAUUAUUAUUAUUAUUAUUAUUAUUAUUAUUAAGUUUUACAUCAAUUAUAUGGGUUUUUGUUCUCAUAACUUUGCGCAUAUCCAUUGCUUUUUCUAUAAAAUCUAAGCCUUUUUUCCAA